CUACUAGAGAAGUCGGACCUUCAUGCGGUGCUGGCUGAUAAGCUUCAAGCAGAAAAAUAUGACAUGCAGAGCAGACAUGAGAUCAGUCCCGGACAUGAUGGCACAUGGAAUGAUGCUCAGUUGCAGGAACUGGCACAGCUGAAGAUAAAACAUCAAGAGGAGCUGACAGAGCUGCAUAAGAAACGUGGCGAGCUGGCCCAGUCUGUAAUUGAUCUGAAUAACCAAAUGCAGCAGAAGGACAAAGAGAUGCAGAUAAAUGAAGCAAAGAUUGCAGAGUAUUUGCAAAAGAUCUCUGAACUGGAAACAGAGUGCCAGGAAUUGCGUAGCAAACUGCAAGAUCUUGAGCGAGCUAAUCAGACACUGAAAGAUGAAUAUGAUGCUCUCCAGAUCACCUUCAAUGCCUUGGAGGAGAAACUGAGGAAAACUACUGAAGACAACCAGGAGCUGGUCUCACGCUGGAUGGCAGAGAAAGCACAAGAAGCCAAUCGUUUAAAUGCAGAAAAUGAAAAGGAUUCAAGGAGACGACAAGCCAGGCUGCAGAAGGAGCUAGCAGAAGCUGCCAAAGAACCCCUUCCUGUUGAACCGGAUGAUGAUAUUGAGGUGCUUGCAGAUGAAACCUCUGACACAGCUGAGGAGACAUCUCCAGUGCGAGCUGUCAGCCGAACAUCAAGUAAGCGACUCUCCCAGCCAGCUGGAGGCCUUCUGGACUCUAUCACUAAUAUCUUUGGGAGGCGUUCUUUGUCCUCAUACCCUGCUCCCCAGGAUAAUGUAGAGCCACAUCCAGGUGCCAGUAAAGAAGUGAGAGUGCCCACUACUGCCAUAUGUGUCUUUGAUGCACAUGAUGGGGAGGUGAAUGCAGUGCAGUUCAGCCCUGGCUCCCGGUUACUAGCAACAGGAGGCAUGGACCGGAGGGUUAAGCUUUGGGAAGUCUUGGGAGAUAGGUGUGAGCCCAAAGGUUCCCUCUCUGGUAGUAAUGCUGGGAUUACAAGCAUAGAAUUUGAUAGUGCUGGUUCUUACCUCUUAGCAGCUUCAAAUGACUUUGCCAGCAGAAUCUGGACAGUUGACGACAAUCGGUUACGGCACACCCUGACAGGUCACAGCGGUAAAGUUCUGUCAGCCAAGUUCUUGCUGGACAAUGCACGCAUUGUUUCGGGAAGUCAUGACCGGACCCUCAAGCUUUGGGACCUCCGCAGCAAAGUUUGUAUAAAAACAGUGUUUGCAGGAUCUAGCUGCAAUGACAUCGUAUGUACUGAGCAAUGUGUAAUGAGUGGACAUUUUGAUAAGAAAAUUCGUUUCUGGGAUAUCAGGACUGAAAGCAUAGUAAAAGAACUGGAGCUGCUUGGAAGAAUCACAGCUCUGGACCUGAACUCGGAGCGAACGGAGCUUUUGACCUGUUCCCGUGAUGACCUACUAAAGAUCAUUGAUCUGCGGGUUAGUGCUGUCAAGCAGACAUUCAGCGCCCAGGGAUUCAAAUGUGGCUCUGACUGGACGAGAGUUGUGUUCAGCCCUGACGGUAACUAUGUGGCUGCUGGUUCAGCUGAUGGGGCCCUCUAUAUUUGGAAUGUGCUCACUGGGAAAUUGGAGAGGACGCUUGCGAAGCAUCACAGUUCUUCUAUCAAUGCAGUUGCAUGGUCACCAGCGGGUGCCCAUGUGGUCAGUGUGGACAAAGGAAACAAGGCUGUCCUGUGGUCUGAAUUUUGACUGGACGGAGGGUGAAAGGCAGAGCGUCCAGCGCCUCUGUAUGGUGGUGCUGGUCCGUGGCUGAACAGAAUGGAGACCCGAGCCCAGAUCCAUCCUGAGUCGGGAUAUUAACAAGCGCAUGAGCUUCACUUUCCAGAGGAAAGUUCUAAAGCAAUGGAGAAGGAGCCUGAGUCAGAGACUUCUUAUGGCCGUAACUGCACUGUGGCACUCGGACUCAGCAAGGGAUUAGCUGUUCUGGAUGGAGAAUGCUAUUUAGUCAUGCCUUUACAUGCAGUAUCUAUGCACCAAGGGGAGCUGAAGAUACUAGCGGGAUUCCUCACCAGACAGCUGUGCCAAAUACCGUGUCACACAAAUGUAUCUACAGCACUUCUGAGCUGGAAAUGUUGGAAAGAAGUUACUGUGUAUGCUGACUUAAUACGUGUCCUGUCUCCUGUGUUCUGUUCUCGUGGCCUAGUUCAGGCAUGGGGUGAGAAGAUCCUGAAACACGGACAGGUCCUAGGCCGUCUGAAGUGUUGGAACAGCUUUUAAAGAGAGUCUCCUGUGGCUCUGGCAGCUCUGCCUUUGAGUUAUUGGCUCAAUUCAGAUCUGCUCUGAUCCUGACACACAUUCUCCAGCACUGUCAUGUGAACUCUUUGUAUCAGUUUCACCUCUUCUUAAGGCAAUGGUCCGUUCUUCAGGACUUCUGCACCCUUUUGUUAAAAUGCCCUUCAACAGCUCGGGUAUCACAAAAUAGGAGAUUUUUAAUCUUUUUAUUCCACAGGCAGUUUGGUUAAUGGGCGUAAGGAGAGAGAAGUUCAACUUCUGUUGUGCUGCUGUGAUAAGGAAUGUAGUCAUACUGUGACUUCAGUACCAGAGUAUAGACGUUCGGUCCCUUUUUCUGUUCAUCCGUCCUGUCCCUGGCGGCUGUCAGUAGAACACAGGGGAACAGUGGGGUUAAAUCCCAAAAAAUCCCAAAUCCAUUGUUUUGGUGCUGGCAAUUCCAGGCCACUUGCCCCCUUCUUGAGCACACGUGCAAUAUUCCUGUUUGCGCUGGAGCCCGCUCUGUGCUACGGAGCACUGUCUUGGCUCUGUCCCUGUUUAAGCAUCCAAAACCAUGAUGUGGCUGGGUGUGAGCUACCUGGCAUAACUUUAUCCAGCCAAACCUUUCCACAUCGUCUGGGCCUCGAGACAAGCCACCAGCGUUUUAUUGCCUUUUUAUUUGCACUUUAUUUUCUUCUUUCCUGAUAAUGUUUUACUAAGGAAGCAUGUUCUUCGGAGGGGCUGGAUUAGGGGGCAGCUGCUAUAACAGGCAUCUCUCUAACCUAGCCUUUUGUUCAGACACUUUCUGCAGAGGGGAAUUAGAGUAUAUGGGGCAAAGUUUUUAUUUAUUCAGCUGCCCAUAAGAACUUGAUUGUAAAUAAACCUGUGUUCUGCUUUUAAAACCCCA